AUGACCGAUCUACAGCGGUUGGAGGAGCUUGCUGGUAGCUACGUUGCCGUGGCAGGUGCAGUCAUUGGUAUUCUAAAAACCCGGGAGAAUGAGCAUGUUCGGAACACUUCUGAGACUGACGGCAAGCGAGCCCCCAAUAAAGGCAAUGGUCUUGAUCUGGAUAAGUACUCUUGGGUUCAAUCCUUGCAAGAAGUUACAAUUAAUAUUCCAGUCCCUCCUGGAACAAAAUCGAGGGAGAUUGCAUGUGAGAUGAAGAAGAACCAUCUGAAAGUUGGACUUAAGGGUCAACCUCCAAUAAUUGAUGGUGAACUGUUUCAGUCUAUCAAGGUUGAAGACUGCUUCUGGAGCUUAGAGGAUCAGAAAUCCAUCUCUGUACUUCUGACCAAACAGAACCAAAUGGAAUGGUGGAAAAGUUUGGUAAAAGGUGAUCCUGAAGUUGAUACUCAAAAGGUGAGGAGGUCAGAGAAGAGGUCAGCUAUGACUUUCUGGUAGAGGAGUGAAGGUAUGUGUAGAGGUCCGGCGGGCG